AUCCAUUCUCCGUACCCAUGGAAGGGUAUACAGCGACCAACCGAGGAUGAAGUUCAACGCUGGCCGAUGGCAACUCAUGUGCCCGUCAACCUCCCCAUUGUUGGAACACGUACAUCAUGUUGAUUACUUCAAAUGAAGCACGGUACGGUGGUUGGGUGUGUGCCGGGCUUUCCCUGGUCAUCUUGAUCAUAAGAGUUGUGACAUCAAGGAUCAGACAUGGGGCAUUCGACAUCAGCACCUUGGUCUGCGCAAUUGCAAUAGCCGCAAUUGGAGGUCGUUUAGCUGCCAACCAGUAUAUUCUCAGCUAUGGGACUGCAAAUGAUGCUCUACAUUCGAUAUCGCACUACUUCGAUUCCCAUAACCUCGAUAAGAUCAAAACUGGCAGUAUUUUGGCCUUGAUCGUACGACUUUUGGAUACUACCUUCUACUGGCUUCAAAUUUCACUCUUACUGCUAUUCUACUCGCGGAUCUUCGAAGUGCGGACGCAGUGGAUCACAAUAUCUAUCCGGACUUGUUGGCUUGCGAUAGCCUUGUCCUAUGUCGCUGUCGUCCUCGCCACAUUCCUUGAAUGUCAUCCUUUCCGACUUUAUUGGCAGAUUGACCCCGAUCCUGGUCGAUGUGUACGGGCGUAUAUUCAAGUCCUCACCCAGGCUAUCUCGAACAUUGUACUCGAUUUGAUGUUGUUGGCGAUCUCAUCCCCACUGGUUCUGGUUCGUAAUCGCAGUCUAUCAGAAAAGUUGAGAUUGGGGCUUUUGUACUGCCUGGGAUUCUUUUGCAUCGUGGUAACGUGUGUACGUAUCGCGUACAUCUUUGCAGAAGCAUCAUAUCAGCCUGUGCGAAGCUUCUGGGCGUCCGUUCAGAUCCUGGUCUCGACAUUCGUGGCGAAUGUCCCGACGAUAUAUGGGUGUGUCAAAUUGAUCAAGCGUCGGAGAUCUGACCAGACUACGAGACGUGGGAGCCGUCCAGAAAUUUGGCUGCAGGUCCAAGCAAGCAAUGAAAGCACUACCUCAUCGGUGAUACCGCUUUUCAAUCGACGGGGAACAUCCUCGUCCAGAUCUUUCGAAAAAGGAUGGUUACGCUCUUUUUUUUGAGGCAUCGUCUUGAGUGUAGGAGAAUAUAUAUACCCUGCAACAUCAUCGCAUGGCUUCCAAAUGUAAAUAUUUCAAGGUGGAGGAGCGAGGCUAUCGGUAAAGGCAUUGAACUCCUACUCAGACGCUCAGGAAUUCCCUACGGAAUAGGCGACUGGAUAGUGAAGGACACGCACUUCAUAGUAUACUCGAG